AUGGAGGUUAAAAUUACGUCCUUCGAUGAAGAGAAAAAAAUUUUCAUAAAUAGCGAUAUAUAUCAAGCAGUGUUACCAAUCUAUUACUUGAACAAAAUAUCCGGUGUAUUUCCAAUGAGAUUUGUCGGACAAGUAUCUGGUAGAUAUCAAGGCCGAUUGAGUGUCACUGAUAGUAUUUACAGUAUGUGCCUAUUAAUGUGCCUAAUCAGUGCUGAGAUUUGGGGUUUUUGGCGCGAUUUAAGAGAUGGAUGGGAACACAGCACUCGACUCAAAUCACAGAACGCAGUCAUUGUGACUACUAGCGAUGUAAUGGGUGUAAUUAGUCUCACAGCCUCUUCUAUCGUCGGAUCCAUUCUAUGUUGGAAACACGUGCAAACUAUUAUCGAUAAAUUGGUUGAUUGCGACGAGAAGCUAGGAAUCGUUUCGCCGAAAAAACUUCGACGAUACACAAUCCUUUUGACACUCUGCAGUCUUCUCUAUUCCAUCAUCAUUUCAUGUCUCGAUAUUUACACAUGGAAUUAUGAAGUGAAACUGAACAAGAAAUUGAGCGACAAAGGUCCACUCAAUUACGUUCCUCUGUACUUCAUGUAUAUAGUCAUCAUUAUGAUGGAAGUUCAAUACGCCGUUGUUGUCUACAAUGUGAGCCAAAGAUUCUGCAGACUUAAUAAGAACCUUGAGAACAUCUUUAACAGUGGCAGGAUCACAGAUCAAUUUAAAAAAGAUCUUGGAUUAGGUGCGCAUAUUACUCAUUAUUACAAACCACAUAGCAAGUAA